UGUUAAUCAGAAGCUUUUCUCUCUGCCCAUUAGCAGACCCGAACGGUAGCUUGACCGGCUCACAGAGGAUUGGGGUUUACAGGACACCCAUCAAGGGAAGUGACGUUUAAGAGCUGCGGUAUCCACGCUUGUGAUUGGCCUCGGGUAAUCGUCGCUCUUCACACUGAAACCUGACUCGCAGCGCCAGACUCGGAAGAAAUCGGAGAUAGUGGGGUGACCCCAAAAUCUAAGCCAACUAUCUCCCCAUGUAGCAUUGAGAGAAUCGUGGAAAAAAAUGUCUGAUUUCGAGGAGUUCGAGAAACAGCUGAGCGAAAACCGGCAGGAAAGGGAAAAAGAGAGGCACAAAAAGCGGAGCCGGAGCAGGUCGCGCAGCCGGAGCGAGAAGCACCGGAGCUGGAGCAAAGACAGAGGCAGCCGAGACAAGAGGAGCCGGAGCCGCGAUCGCCAGAGCAAGAGCCGGGACCGGAGGAGCGGGUCUCACGAGCACAAGAAGCACAGUUACUCUCCCCGGAGGACACGCAAGAAAAGGACCUGCAGGUACUGGGAUGUGCCUCCUCCAGGCUUCGAGCACAUCACCCCAUUGCAGUACAAAGCCAUGCAAGCCGCGGGGCAGAUCCCCACCAUAGCCCUGCUGGCAACUUCAACAACCAGUGGAGUGGCCAUAACGCCUACCCAGGUGCCCAUAGUUGGCAGCCAGAUGACCAGACAGGCCAGACGGCUCUACGUCGGCAAUAUUCCCUUUGGUGUGACUGAGGAAGCCAUGGCGGAUUUCUUCAAUGCUCAGAUGCGUCUCGCAGGGCUGUCACAGGCUCCAAGCAACCCAGUGCUCGCCGUACAGAUAAACCAGGAUAAAAAUUUUGCUUUCCUCGAGUUUCGCUCAGUUGAUGAAACCACACAGGCCAUGGCUUUCGAUGGGAUAAUAUUCCAGGGUCAGUCCUUAAAAAUAAGGAGACCUCACGAUUACAGACCUCUUCCUGGCAUUUCAGAGCAGCCUUCUUUUCAUGUCCCAGGUGUAGUUUCCACAGUUGUGCCAGAUUCCCCACACAAGCUGUUUAUUGGAGGGUUACCCAACUAUCUCAAUGACGAUCAGGUAAAGGAGCUCCUGACAUCAUUUGGCCCUCUAAAGGCUUUCAACCUAGUGAAGGACAGCGCCACCUCACUGUCUAAAGGUUAUGCCUUUUGUGAAUAUGUCGAUGUCAGUGUUACUGACCAGGUAGGACUGGAGGCUGUGGCAGGACUGAAUGGCAUGCAGCUGGGAGACAAAAAACUCAUCGUUCAGAGGGCCAGCGUAGGGGCGAAAAAUGCGAAUCCAUCUGCCAUCAUCGAGGCCCCAGUGACCCUGCAAGUGCCCGGCCUGCAGGCCCUGCAGAACACAGGGAUCCCCACGGAGGUGCUCUGCCUGCUCAACAUGGUGAUGCCGGAGGAGCUGGUGGACGACGAAGACUACGAGGAGAUCCUGGAGGACAUCCGCGAAGAGUGCUGCAAGUACGGGAGUGUGCGCUCGAUCGAGAUCCCUCGCCCAGUGGAUGGCCUGGAAGUGCCAGGGUGUGGAAAGAUCUUUGUGGAGUACGUGUCAGUGUCAGAGUGCCAGAAGGCCAUGCAGGCGCUAACCGGACGGAAGUUUGCUAACAGAGUGGUUGUUACAAAGUACUACGAUCCAGAUAUGUAUCACAGACAUGAGUUCUGAUCGCAGUGGGAAGGAACUGAAAGGCUGCUAUUGAGAUCUCAGCUCCUCCCAAAGAGUAAACUGGGGAUUGCAAGUAGUACAAACUUAACCAUUUCCUUGUGCAGUCUUCCUCUUUACAGUACAGCACAGUACAUUAUACAGAUAGAUAUACAGAUUUUAAAAAGGGAAUUAUUAUGUACUUUUCCCUUUCUCCUGAUAUCCAACAUUUGAUCUACAGGCAAUAUCGUUUCUGUGCAGUUAAUGACUUGUAAUAAACAAGAUUAUUAAUCUUUCUAAGGACAUUAUGUUGAAAUGUUGUUUCAUGUUGCAAUAAUUAGGAUCGUAUUUGCUUAGAAUAAAGUUGACCCUUGGUGUUUUCUUCCAUAAAAAAGUGUUAAUGUUUUGCAUAACGAGAGUGACUAAUCUUUACAAAGAGAAGUAUUUAAAGAAACUGAAGUACUGCAGAUUCCAUCUCUCUCCAACACAAGCUGAACAUCCUGUAUUAACUUUAUUCUUUUUAGCUUUUUGAGUAGAACACUUAUUUAUAAAUAGAAAUGCAAGAAAUCAUGAAAUUUGUUUUUUUGCACUAGUUUAAGUAAACUAACCUUUUAGUUGACUGUACAGCUAUUACAAUAAAGCAUGGUACAGCCGCAAUUUCUAAACAAAGUUCAUGCAAAUUUUAUCAAAAUAACUGUGUAGCUCUUAGACACUUGUCCACUGAACCAGUCUGCUUUGUUUUCACAGUACAGAGAAACAUGUCUUUGAUUGCAAAUGAAGGGGGGCUGUGUUUUAGCACAGCCUUGACUCAUCCGGCCCAAUAACAUACAGUACUGUACCUGUGGAAAUGAACGAAAUGGUUCUGUCGUGUUGAGCCUUGAAGAUAAACUGUAGUACUUGGCGGUUGGUUCUGUUUUGCUAUUUGCCAUACCACUCGUCGCCACUAGGGGAUGUGGAAGUGACGUUCAGGCAAAAGGCACCUUUUUUCAGAUGUUGAAGAAGUAAUAGUCAUUGAUACUUCUUUAAAUAAAAUUGUAAGUGUAUGUUUUUUUUUUUUAAUAUGAGUGGAUAUUAGAUGAUCUUCGCUUUUUCUAACUCUUAACCUGUCACUGCCAUGCCUUCAAUAAAUUCUUGCAUAUUUA